AUGUCAGCAAGGAAGAGGAACAACCAACAUCUGCUUCCAAAUGAAGAGAAUGGGAAUAAUCCUCCCAAAAGAAAGAAGGAUGUCAGCAAUGAAGACAACCUCCAGUUGUUUGUUAAAUUUCUGUCUGAACUUAAUGAUACUCAGAAGAACAUAGUUCGAAAACUUGGCUUCGCUUCACUGCUACGAAUCAGCUGUGCCUGCAACAUUGAUGAUAUUUUCAUGUGGCUUGCAUUACAAUUCAAUACUGCAACAUGCACUCUGGAGCUGAGGAAUGGAUUCAAUUUUGAAUUCAACACAUCUAUUGUUCAUAAAAUCCUUGGAAUUCCUGCUGGUGGCUUACCAAUAAAUUCUACACCAACCAAAGAAUGUGUAGAUAUUAUCAAUAACUUUGUACAAUCAUCAGCACCUACUAUAGAGCAUCUUAUUGCGAUGAUUACGGACAACAUUUCCGAAGAAAAUUUCUCUACUAUAUUCUUGCUCCUCGCUAUCUCAAGCUUGAUUGCUCCUAAUGCGAAAGGUUCCCCAUCAAAGAAAUUCUACAGUGCUCUGCAAAACAUUAGUUAUGCUGGCAAAUACAACUGGUGCCUUUCAACUCUAUCCUACCUAGUUGCGCACUUCGAAUUCUUAAUUACUUCUGAAUUCAAGUUCCCUAUCGACAUACUGCCAAGACUCCCAUUGUGGUCAUCUAGCUUGCUAAAAACUUUCACAGCCCUAGACACAAUGCACGGUGUACACCUUCAGUUCGGAAGACUUCCGGAGAAGGCACUGCUUGAAGAUAUGACCAAGAAAUUUUGGCAAACGAUAAUAUCAAACUCCAUUCCAACAACGGAAAGAUACAUUGAUGAUCUCCAUUCGACAAUCUCCAAGAGUUUCACCCACAUCAACAAUGAAAUGACAGAGUCUGCAAAUGAACAAAUUACAUCCCCGAACAACCACAUUUCAUUACACCAGCAAGCUGAACAAAUCUACUCAAACAAAUACUUCAAGGAUCCAACAACUUUUUUAUCGUCACAUGAUUUCCUGGAUUUCGCAAUGCCUUACAGUAAUCCUCCAAACUGGGAAAAGGAAGAUGGAGAUUCAUCUAUUCAAUGGUUGGACAAGAAAUUCUCACAGUGCCUCCUUUUAGAAAACUCAUCAGGCAUUGAUGACCUGUUUCAGAAAAGGUCACCAACCUUUGAAGAUUUGUUCGUCAUCGAUAAAAUAAAUAAACAAUAUGACUACCCAGAUAUUGAUUUCCUCCAAGAUAGCAAACUGUACUGUUUGCAACAAGAAAAAGCAGCCAACAGAUUCGGUACACCUAUACCAGACCCUAUCAUGUACCAAGUCCUGGAAGAUUAUGAAGCUGAAUGUUUGCUCAGAGAUAAAGCAGCAGCAGAGCAGCCACCACUGCAGAACUUCUCUUCAGCAUCAAAAUUGCACAUAACAACUCAGCUCAAUUCGGAACAAGUUAUUUUCUCAACAGCAGCUCAAGCAGAUUUCUUCAAAAUGAUGUCGUCACUUCUACCUCAUAUAGACAUCAGCCAAAGGAUAUUCCAAAUAGAUAACGUGUGGGUCGAUCAAAAAACUUUGACUGUUUCAAUGAGGCCAGGCGGCUGGAUGAACCCACACACUUUGGAUUGCUAUUCUAAAAUGCUCAACACAGAUCUACUCAAUCGGGGAAGGCAGGGUCUAAUACCAAGCAAUGAACCUAUUGUCCAUAUCGUCGGCACAGAAGACAUGGUUCAUCUGCCUUGCUUCAAUGACAAACAGUGGAUUGUAAUCACUGCUAACUUUGACAGUGGCAAAUUCUUUGAUAUAAUGAACCCUGAUGGAUCUGGAAACAACAAAUUCACUUCAAUUAUCAGCACUGUUACAUUCAACUUCAAGAGUCUGUUUGCGAAAACAUACCCAAAUUGCAUCGCAUUCAACAUAAAAGAAUUUGACUACCGUUUCGUUCCAGUACCCCGGACUCAUUUCAGGUACGACACCGGCAUAUUCCUCCUGCAAAUUCUAAAAACAUACCGGGGGAUGGGAGUGCCAGGAUUCACAACUCAUGACCUACAGGCCUUAAGAGAAAUUUUUCUCUACGAAAUUGCGACUUGUUCCAACAGUGAAGUUCAACUACCAUUGGUCAAAGCUUUCCAACAAAAUCACGGUUUCCGGCUAUUCAGGUGA